GCUAAAUUAAUAAACGAAUUUGAUAAACUUAAAGAUUUAGAUUCUACUAGUCCCAAAUACAAAGAACUUUGUCUAAAUAUUGAAACCGAUAAUAUAAUACUUGAGAAUCUGUUAAAAGAAUAUACUGACUUCAUUAAUAUUGACACUAUCGAAGGAGAUAAAUAUAUCGAAGAAAAGUUUAAUUUCACAUAUAAUAUAACUAAAUACCUCCUAGAAAUAAAGAAAAGAAGACCUUCUGAUACUCCAUAUAACCCUAACUCUAAUCUAAUCUAA